AUGAAGUUCAUCUGCCUCUUGUUCCUGGUGGGUGUGUCUAUAGUUCAGGCAGCUCAUCAGGACUCCUCCAGGGUCUACUCCACCGUACCCUCUCAACUCCAGCCCCAGACGCAGCCUCCAGCCGAGGCCAAGUCCCGCUUUGCCAUGCUGGACGAUGUCCGUCUCCUUGCCAACGGCUUGCUCCAACUGGGUCAGAGCCUCAGGGAGUUUGUCCACAAGACCAAGGCCCAGAUCAACGACAUCUUCCAAAAACUCAACAUCUUUGACCGCUCCUUCUACCAACUCUCUGUGGUCACCUCUGAGAUAAAGGAGGAAGAGGAGGAGCUGAAGAAGACCACCACAUUCCUCAAGGCCAACAACGAGGAGAUCCGGAACCUGUCGCUGGAGAUCAACUCCAAGAUCAACAGUAUCCUGCAAGAGAGGAGCCAGCUGCAGAGUAAAGUAGGAGGGCUGGAGGAGAAACUGAAGGGACUGUCGGAGAGCAUGUUGCCCGCAGAGCAGCUCAACGAGAUCAAGUCACUCAAGGUACGCUGCUAACUGUCACUCAUAUUAAAUCAGUACUGAGAUUUCUGAUUUAUUUCUGGCACACGUAUUCAACAUAUAUAAAAAUAUAAAAUUCCAUCCUACUGAACAUUGCAUCGAACUUUCAAUUGCUGAAUUCAUUGAGAAGUUUAAGUUAUUAAUGAAAACAUACCUUUUUAAUGAGUAGUAAUGAUUUCAACUUCAAGUUAUUCCAUUGGGAAAUGUAUUUUAAUGUGAGCAUUAACGAGACCGUGUUAACUGGUCUGUUUCAGGAUGUGAUUGAGGCUCAGGAGAGGACCAUCACGGACCUGCUGAAAGCUGUGAGGGAGCAGCACGAUCAGCUCAACCACCAGAAAACUAAGAUCAAGACUCUGGAGGAAAAGGUACACAUCUCUGUUGCUUACAAAGAUUCUCCAAUUGUAUACAGUAGACCAAAGGUAAUGGCCAUUUCUUUCAUCUCUGUUCAAUCAGUGUACAUAAAGGCCACAAAAAAUAUUUAAGGAGACAACACCAUAACGUUUUUAUUUUUGCCUGAUAUUCCAGAUCAGCAUUGACAAUUUCCAGGACACGACUGACAAUGCAGCGGAUUCCAACUCGGAGACGCCAGACAUGUUUGAAUACCUGAAAGGCAACUCCACUGGUCUGGACACAGACCUAUCCAUGGACUGCAGUGAUCUGUUCAACAGAGGAGAGAGGAACAGCGGGGUGUACUCUAUCAAGCCAAACCAGUCUGAGCCUUUCAACGUGUACUGUGAACUGACCUCAGGUAAGACACAAUCCAGUCCCAAAUUCUCAGCCAACUAUGUGACAGUAAUGUGUCAAGCCAUUUCUCUGCAUUACAUAUGUCUAAAUGGACUUAGUCUAGAUAAAACAAGACAAAACAGACUAGCAGAAUCCAGUCUAUAGGAAACAGGGUCAUACAGGCUAUCGGAAGUAAAUAAGUGCUAUCUACGACUUUCCCUAAUCAGUCUAGAGAAAGGAACUGGACUUUGUUGUUGUUGUUGUUGUUGUUGUGUUUCUCUGUCCAUGUAUUGACUACAUGUCCCAUCUCCCCCAUCUACAGAAGGAGGUUCAACAGUCAUCCAGAGCAGGGAGGACGGGUCUGUGGAUUUUGACCAGGCAUGGGAGAAGUACGAGAACGGAUUUGGGGAUCUGGGAAGUUAGUUUGGCUUAUUUCUUUCUAUCAGUGAAUUUAGUCAGUGAUGCGGACAGUAGCGUCCGACCGAUAUGUUUUUUGGGGUUCGAUACAGAUUCUGAUUUUUGGGGGAGAAAACGUACAUACUGCCAAUAUACUGCAGGGAAAUGAAAAAGUGUAAUUUUCCCCACUGAAUUAUCAUAUAUUGCCAUCCAAAUGAGUAAUUGUCCAAUAACUAUGCUUCAAAUGUUGAUUACAUACAUUGUGACAAUAAUGACAUCAUGGGAAUUGCUGCAAGCAUUUUUCAUCCUAUUUAUUGAAUAUCGGUUAUCGUUGGACUUAUCGGCCAAUACCGAUAUAGCGGUAAAAGGCCAAUAUGUCAAGCCGAUAAUAUCGUUGAACCGAUAUAUCGGUCGGGAUCUAGUAGACAGUCAAUACAUCUCUACCCAUAAAGAUAAAAAACGAAUUAUAUAUUUAUGGCUCAAUUCAACUCAACUGCAAGCACCAAUACCUGAUUAUGCCUGUCUAUCCUGAUUCCAGUCUACAAAGGCCUGUAGGCAUUCAUAAAGCAGGAAACAGCCAAUACAACCACACUCCACCACUCUUAAGUACUUCCUGAAAGAACAGCGGACAGGAAACAGUUAUUGUAAGUUAGCUUAUCAGGUACCCAUUGAAAGAUCGACUUCCUCCAUUGUCUGACUAGACAAAGCAAUAGUUGCACUUAACUUCAGCUAGGCUUGGACCCCAGCUCAUAGGCAUAUAGUCCUACUGCAUUCCAACAAUGCCACAGGUCCUUUAAGCUAUGAAUUGUUCAGUGUCAGUUUCUGUCACUGCUACGAGCCUAAUUAUGUCAUCACACCCAUGACUACAGCAUGCAGCCAGGGGCUAGGGAAAAGAGUAUUGAGUGUCAGAACUUGUCCCACACUAUUUUAAAACGAGUCAUGGGCCAUGGCAUACAGAACAAAAUGAAGUAGUUAGGCCUAUAGAAUCUGAACUGGACUUGGCUGUCCAUUACAGCUUUACAGCUCUAUGGCCAUUUGAUGGCAUUGUACAGUACCAGUCAAAAGUUUGGACACAUCUACUCACUCAAGGGUUUUUCUUUAUUUUUACUAUUGUCUACAUUGUAGAAUAAUAGUGAAGACAUCAAAACUAUGAACUAACACAUAUGGAAUCAUGUAGUAACCAAAAAAUUGUUACACAAAUCAAAAUAUAUUUUAGAUUUUUCAAAGUAGCCACCCUUUGCCUUGAUGACAGCUUUUCACACUCUUGGCAUUCUCUCAACCAGCUUCACCUGGUUGGUGUCGAUAGAGAGGGCGGCGGUGAUCCUAGCUCCUAGUUAACUUUGCAGCAUUUUGUUUUUUUAUGUGUUAUUUCUUACAUUAGCCCAGGAAUUUUUUGUAACAGCCGGGAAGAACUUUUGGAUAUCAGAGCAGCGGUAACUCACCAGCAUUACCAGCAUUACGACUUUCCCGAAUCGGAUCCUUUGUUCGUACCCCCCAGGGCAAUUUAACUGAUCCCAAAGGCUGACCCAAAACAUUGCCAGCAGAGAAGAGGUAUUUUGGAGUGGUCUUCUAGUCCGACUCAGGAGGCGCGCACACCACCCACAAGUAUAUUACUCGCUAAUGUUCAGUCUCUGGAUAAUAAAGUUGACGAGCUCCGGGCAAGGAUUUCCCUCCAGAAAGACAAUAAGGAUUGUAACAUCCUCUGUUUCACGGAAACAUGGCUCUCUCGGGAUAUACUGUCUGAGUCCGUACAGCCAGUUGGGUUCUCAGUUCAUCGAGCAGACAGGAAAAAAUAUCUCACCGGGAAGAAGAAGGGCGGGGGUGUUUGUUUCAUGAUUAACUACUCAUGGUAUGAUUGUGAUAACAUACAGGAACUCAAGUCCUUUUGUUCACCCGACCUAGAAUACCUCACAAUCAAGUGCCGACCGUAUUACCUCCCAAGAGAAUUUUCCUUGGUUAUAGUCACAGCCGUGUAUAUUCCCCCUCAAGCCGAUACCACGACGGCCAGCAAAGAACUCCACCGGACUUUAUGCAAACUGGAAAUCACAUAUCCUUAGGCCGCAUUUAUUGUAACUGUGGAUUUUAACAAAGCAAAUUUGAGAAAAACGCUACAGAAGUUCUAUCAACACAUUGACUGUAGUACUCGCGCUGCUAAAACACUCGACCACUGCUCCUCCAAUUUCCGGGACGCCUACAAGGCCCUCCCUUUGGCAAAUCUGACCACGACUCCAUUUUUCUCCUCCCUUCCUAUAUGCAAAAACUCAAACAGGAAGUACCAGUGCUAAGGUCUAUUCAACACUGGUCUGAUCAAUCGGAAUCCACGCUUCAAGAUUGUUUUGAUCACGCGGACUGGGAUAUGUUCUGGGUAGCCUCCAAUAAUAACAGACGUAUACACUGAUACGGUGACGGAGUUUAUCAGGAAGUGUAUAUGAGAUGUUAUACCCACUGUGACUAUUAAAACCUACCCUAACCAGAAACCGUGGAUAGAUGGCAGCAUUCGCGCAAAACUGAAAGCGCGAACCACAGCAUUUAACCAUGGCAAGGUGACUGGGAAUAUGGCAGAAUACAAACAGGGUAGUUAUUCCCUCCGUAAGGCAAUCAAACAGGCAAAACGUCAGUACAGAGACAAAGUGAGGUCACAAUUCAACGGCUCAGACACGAGACUUAUGUGGCAGGGUCUACAGACAAUCACGGACUACAAAGGGAACACCAGCCACGUCACCGACACCGACGUCUUGCUUCCGGACAAGCUAAACACCUUCUUCGCCCGCUUUGACGAUAACACAGUGCCAUCGACGAGGCCCGCUACCAAGGACUGUGAGCUCUCCUUCUCCGUUGCCGACGUGAGUAAGACAUUUAAGCGUGUUAACCCUUGCAAGCCUGCCAGCCCAGACGGCUACCCUAGCCGCGUCCUCAGAGCAAGCGCAUACCAGCUGGCUGGAGUGUUUACGGAUAUAUUCAAUCUCUCCCUAACCCAGUCUGCUGUCCCCACUUGCUUCAAGAUGUCCACCAUUGUUCCUGUACCCAAGAUAUCAAAGGUAACUGAACUAAAUGACUAUCGACCCGUAGCAUUCACUUCUGUCAUCAUGAAGUGCUUUGAGAGGCUAGUUAAGGAUCAUAUCACCUCUACCUUACCUGACACCCUAGACCCACUUCAAUUUGCUUACCGCCCCAAUAGGGCGGUAUGUGUGCAGUGCAAUUACCAUCGUACCGCACACUGCCCUAUCCCAUCUGGACAAGAGCAAUACCUAUGUAAGAAUGCUGUUCAUUGACUAUAGCUCAGCAUUCAACACCAUAGUACCCUCCAAGCUCAUCAUUAAGCUCGAGGCCCUGGGUCCUGUACUUCCUGACAGGCCUCCCCCCAGGUGGUGAAGGUAGGAAACAACACCUCCACUUCACUGACCUCAACACUGGGGCCCCAAGCCUCCAACUUAAUCAUCAAGUUUGCAAACGGCAGUAGUAGACCUGAUUACCAACAAUGACGAGACCGCCUACAGGAAGGAGGUGAGGGCCCUAGGAGUGUGGUGCCAGGAAAAUAACCUCUCAAUCAACGUCAACAAAACAAAGGAGCUGAUCGUGGACUUCAGGAAACAGCAGAGGGUGCACCCCCUUAUCCACAUCGACGGGACUGCAGUGUAGAAGGUGAAAAGUUCCUCGGCUCAACAGCGCCUCUUCAACUUCAGGAGGCUGAAAAAUUUUUGCUUGGCACCUAAAACCCUCACAAACUUUUACAGAUGCACAAUUGAGAGCAUCCUGUCGGGCUUUAUCACCGCCUGGUACGGCAACUGCACUGCCCGCAACCGCAGGGCUCUCCAGAUGGUGGUGCAGUCUGCCCAACGCAUCAUCGGGGGCAAACUACCUGCCCUCCAGGACACCUACAGCACCCGAUGUCACAGGAAGGCCAAAAAGAUCAUCAAGGACAACAACCACCUGAUCCACUGCCUGUUCACCUCGCUAUCAUCCAGAAGGCGAGGUCAGUACAAGUACAUCAAAGCUAGGACCGAGAGACUGAAAAACAGCUUCUAUCUCAAGGCCAUCACUAGCACAUUAGAGGCUGCUGCCCUAUAUACAGACUUGAAAUCAUGGGCCACUUUAAUAAAUGGAACACUAGUCACUUUCAUAAUGUUUACAUAUUUUGCAUUACUCAUCUCAAAUGUAUAUACUGUAUUCGAUUCUGUUCUACUGAAUUUUAGUCUAUGCCACUCUGACAUUGCUCGUCCAAAUAUUUAUAUAUUCUUAAUUCCAUUCCUUUACUCUAGAUUAGUGUCUACUGUUGUGAAUUUGUUAGAUAUUACUUGUUAGAUAUUACUGCACUGUUGGAGCUAGAAUCACAAGCAUUUCGCUACAGCCGCAAUAUCAUCUGCUAAACACGUGUAUGUGACCAAUACAAUUUGAUUUGAUUUGACCUGGAAUGCUUCUUCAACAGUCUUGAAGGAGUUCCCACAUAUGCUGAGCACUUAUUGGCUGUUUUUCCUUCACUCUAUGGUCCAACUCAUCCCAAACCAUCUCAAUUGGGUUGAGGUCAGGUGAUUGUGGAGGCCAGAUCAUCUGAUGCAGCACUCCAUCACUCUCCUUCUUGAUCAAAUAGACCUUACACAGCCUGGAGGUGUGUUGGAUCAUUGUCCUGUUAAAACAAAUGAUAGUCCCACUAAGCGCAAACCAGAUGGGAUGGCGUAUCGCUGCAGAAUGCUGUGGUAGCCAUGCUGGUUAAGUGUGCCUUGAAUUCUAAAUAAAUCACUGACAGUGUCACCAUCACACCACCUCCUCCAUGCUUCACGGUGGGAACCACACAUGCGGAGAUCAUCUGUUCACCUACUCUGCAUCUCUCAAAGACACGGCGUGUUUGGAACCAAAAAUCUCAAAUUUGGACUCAUCAGAACAAAGGACAGAUUUCCACCGGUCUAAUGUCCAUUGCUCGUGUUUCUUGGCCCAAGCAGGUCUAUUCUUCUUAUUGGUGUACACUUUAGUAGUGGUUUCUUUGCAGCAAUUCGACCAAUUAAGGCCUGAUUCACUCAGUCUCCUCUGAACAGUGGAAGUUGAGAUGUGUCUGUUACUUGAACUAUGUGAAGCAUUUAUUUGGGCUGCAAUUUCUGAGGCUCGUAACUCUAAUGAACUUAUUCUCUGCAGCAGAGGUAACUCUGGGUCAUCCUUUCCUGUGGCGGUCCUCAUGAGAGCCAGUUUCAUCAUAGCGCUUGAUGGUUUUUGCGACUGCACUUGAAGAAACUUUCAAAGUUCUUGACAUUUUCCAGAUUGACUGACCUUCAUGUCUUAAAGUAAUGAUGGACUGUCGUUUCUCCUUACUUAUUUGAGCUGUUCUUCCCAUAAUAUGGACUUGGUCUUUCACCAAAUAGGGCUAUCUUCUGUAUACCACCCCUACCUUGUCACAACACAACUGAUUGGCUCAAACACAUUAAGAAGGAAAGGAAUUUCACAAAUUAAAGGCACACCUGUUAAUUGAAAUGCAUUCCAGGUGACUACCUCACUAAGCUGGUUGAGAGAAUGCCAAGAGUGUGAAAGGUGUCAUCAAGGCAAAGGGUGGCUACUUUGAAGAAACUCAAAUAUAAAAUAUAUUUUAAUUUGUUUAACACUUUUUUGGUUACUACAUGACUCCAUACGUGUUAUUUCAUAGUUUUGAUGUCUUCACUAUUAUUCUACAAUGUAGAAAAUAGUAUUAAAGAAAAACCCUGGAAUGAGUAGGUGUGUCCAAACUUUUGACUGGUACUGUAUGUGUUUGUGAUCUGUUCAAGUAGAGUUCUGACAUCAUUUGUGUGUGAUCUGUGUUAUUAUAGACGUGUUCUAACAGAAUGUGUGUGUUCUCUGUGUGUGGUAGCUCUAUGGCCAUUCAAUGACAUUUGUGUGUGUUCUCUGUGUUAUUGUAGGAGAGUUCUGGCUGGGCCUGAGGAAGAUCCACAGCCUUGCUGGUCAGGGUGAAUCUAUCCUGCGUAUUGAGCUGGAGGACUGGAAGGAGGAGAGGAGGUCUAUAGAGUACAAGUUCACCCUGGAGGGUCCCCAGGCCCACUACACCCUCCACCUCACCCACCUGUCUGGUGACCUGCCUGACGCCAUGGGCAACCACACCGGCAUGAGGUUCUCAACCAAGGACAGAGACAACGACAACCACCAGGACUCCAACUGCGCCAAAAACUACACAGGUAUGUAUUGACCACACACACCUGAUGCAACUACAGGUACUGACAACACAUUUGAUACAGGUUCACUGCAUUGUCUGGUAGCAUACACCUAUUAAAAUACAUUUCCAAGCCGGCAGCACAGAGAUUGACUAUGGGUUCUAGACUUGUUAUAUAAUUUAACACAUUCUUUCCCCAUUCCUUGCAGGUGGCUGGUGGUUCAAUGCCUGUGGCGACACCAACCUGAACGGCAGGUACAUGUGGCUGAGGCCAAAGGGUCGUUCCAUGAGGAGGAAAGGGAUCCACUGGAAACCUAUGGGAACAUCCUACUCCCUCAAGACCACCAAGAUUUCCAUACGACCCGCCUCACCGGCCCCCCUCACUUCAAGCCCCCCUUAA